AUGGGCGACUUUGUGAACGGCACCAGCCAUGCAGGCCAUGGCCAGCAGGAUACUGUCUAUGGCCGCUUCAAAUCCCAUUUCUCUGCGAAUCGUGGUGAUACCGAAGUCAACAUGUUCGAAGCCGUGAGGAGUCUCCACCCAGAUAAACACGUUACCGAGAUUCCGGUCUUUCAGGCCGAUCUCAUGGAAUUUGCAGAAGCCGGGAAGGCUACCGCGAGACUGAUCAGGAACGGCGAGGAAUUCCUUGCAUACAGAGGCUACACGGCUCCUACAGGACGACAGAGUGCCACUGAAGGCAAGCUAUUCGAGAGGGUCAAGUUCGGUCUCCAUGAGUACUCUUAUGACGGCGAUGAUUUUCUGGUCUACGUUAUGGACUGGCCUGAUGCGGAUAACCAGGGCACGACACUGAUGCAAUUCGUUCUCGCGCCCAAGACUGACGUUGAUGCCGAGAAUCACUCUCCCACGGCCGACAAGCUCAUCAAAGCUGCGGGAAGGUACUCGACGGACCUGCACGAGGAAAUCUACGUCUUCGAUGGAGGAUACUGGGCAAAGAACCACAAACUUUGGGAGGCUGUGCAGUCGUCCUUUUGGGAAGAUGUCAUACUCGAUCCGGCAAUGAAAGACACUUUGAUCAAGGAUGUGGACAAUUUCUUCGACAGUCGAGCAGUCUACAAGGAGUAUUCGGUGCCCUGGAAACGUGGAGUCAUCUUUCACGGCUCUCCAGGCUGCGGCAAGACAAUCAGUAUCAAGGCCCUCAUGAACGCCCUCCAAAAGCGCGAUGUCGCCAGCUUGUAUGUAAAGUCUUUCAAAGGCUGUCAAGGCAUGCAGCACUCGAUUCGAAGCAUAUUCAGCCAGGCUCGAGAAAUGGCUCCUUGCAUGCUGGUUUUCGAGGACCUGGACAGCUUGGUCGUGGACGAAGUUCGCUCUUACUUUCUGAACGAAAUCGACGGUCUCGAGGAUAAUGACGGCAUGCUCAUCAUCGGUAGCACGAAUCAUCUUGACCGACUGGAUCCUGGUAUUGCCAAACGUCCUUCUCGCUUCGACAGAAAGUACCACUACAAGCUUCCCGGCGAGCGCGAGAGAGUUCUGUAUUGCCAGUACUGGCGCCAGAAACUCCAGCAAAACAGCAGCAUCGAAUUCCACGAGGACAUCUGCAACGUCGUCGCCCAGCUCACCGAAGGUUUCAGCUUCGCCUACCUCAAGGAACUCUUCGUCCAAACUCUCCUCGCCAUCGUCGGUGGCAGAGCGGACCUUGAAGAUGAUACCGAUGAUGGCUAUGUGACCGUCACGGACACUGUGGCGGAAGAGACCAAAGUUGUCGAUGAUUCCGCUAAGCUUGCGAAAGACGGCGAGACCACUACCAGCACUAAGGAGAAAUCUGGUGAGGAGAAGAAGGAACCUAAGAAGAAGAUGCAGAUGCCCGAGGUGGAGAUUCCCGAACAUCUGAAAGAGAGCUCUCUCAUGCGAAUUCUGCGGAAGCAGACUAAGGCCCUUUUCCAGGAAAUGGACAAUACGGAAGACGACGGAAUUCAUGCCAGACCAAAGUUUGAUUAA